AUGCGUCUUCCCUGCAUCCCAAUAUUCUUUGCUGUUGCUACCCGUCCAAUGGGCGUUAGUGCACAUGCAGAGUCGGACGCCGUCACCACAGAUGGUCACUAUGAGGUCCAGAGACAAUUGAGGGUCCAAGAGCGCGGACACGGCGAAGACGUAGAGGAGAGGAUGAUAGGCCUUAACUUUGGCGAAGAAUUUAUGAAUGCGGCCGAAGAAACUGAAAGUACGAUCCUAAACUCGGCUCCGCUCGAAGGUGAGUCAGUUAUCACGUAUGUAAGACCAGAUACCCUCAAACGUCAGUCAGACAUAGUGGAAUCCGACCUAAGAUCAGCCAAGAAACGUAAAAGUGUGGUGAAUCAAUUUUUGAGUAAAGCGGCCGAGGCAGAAUCGCUGAACACGUAUACGAAAGAGGGUGAAAAGCCUGAAAUCUCUUUCGACGACGUUAUGUCACACUUCAAGAAAGAAGAUAAGGCCAUGCUCCUUACAGAAGCAAACGAGGACAUGCUAAAAUACCUUUAA